AUGGUGAGAGGCAGCCACUUCUUGGAACUGGGCAAGGCAUUCUUAGAAGGACCUAAAGAGCAGUUUGGAUCCAUGGACAGUGGUGAGAGCACUGGACGUGGAAGGAAGAUGGUCACCACGGCAGAUUCUCUCCGGGCGACUGCCACGUGUGACAUGGAAGCACAGGAGGUUCCAAUUGUGUUUCCUGGGGAGGCCCAUGGUACAAGAGGGAGACUCCUCUCUCCUGAUGAACUGGGGGGACGUCGUGUGGAGGAGGGGAGGUUAGCAGGAGUGAGCAGAAUGAAGAGGGUUAGGGCUGUGAUGGUUUUACCCUCUUUGUGGUGCUAUGAGGGUGCCUACCUUAGGUCUUUUGCUCGAUUUCUGCUGGGAUUCCUAGGUUUCAUCUUCUGGGGUACUGCUGCAGCUCAGAUGUUUGGUGGAGUUUCAGUGAUCCUGAUGAUCAAGAACUACAGAUGUUUAUUUCAGGAGUCUUACUUGUCUCUCCCUGGUUGGUUGGCUCUUGCAACUGCACUUACAUUGCUACCUACUGGAGUUUUGGCUGUCUCUAUUUCUGUUAAGUGUUCCCGCCAUCAGCAAGGGACUCUCAUGUACUUGCUGCUGCUCCUUCUUUGCUUAGAAAUGUCUUCAGCAGCUCUAGCACAUCCCUACUGUGUUAGGAUGGCGUCUCAGCUGGAAAGUGCUAUGGGUUACCUUGUUCACCAGCACAACUGGACAUGCUCCCAGGAUCCUGGAAACAGUGCUGUGGAUGUGAUACAGAGAGAGCUGCAGUGUUGUGGGGUCCACAACUACACAGACUGGCUAAAGGCAUCAUCCUUUUUGUAUCAUCCAGCUUGUGUCCCUGAAAGCUGCUGUAAGGAGAAGUAUUCUCAUUGCAGGGGAGACUUAGGCUAUGUGGAGCAGCUUUCUGAGGAAGGCUGUCUAGAGAAGCUGGAAGACCAAUUGUGUUUUUCCAUGAUGUACAUUUUUUGGUGUUGUACUGUGCUAAGCAUCUUGGAGCUCUUGGCUGCUGUCAGCAAUGGCAUCCUCAUGAGACGUCAGCCAUUCCAUGAACUUUGUAUUCUGGACUCGUAUACCUUCUUACAGGACUAUAGAGAUGUGCUGGCAAAGGCUCUGUCCUACCUGCGUUGGACUGCACAGUGUGUGCUUGUAUAUAUGUGUCUGUUUGGAAAGUGUCUUAAGCCUCUCUGCUGAUCUGGGAAUGGGCACUCCAGCAGCUUUAUCCUUUGACAAACAGGAUGAAACAAUCAGAUUUGAAGAUUUUAUUGAGACUUUUCUGGAGUGGGAGAAUGUGAUUUCAACCUCUGUGUGCUGACAAGAGGGUCACACUUUUUCAUACUAUUUUGUUAGA